AUGAAAAUAAUAACUAUUAGGCGUCGAUCUACAAUAUUUAAAUUGUUAAUCUUAAUUCCUGUUGUUUGGCUACUUUUUGUUGUGUUUUUUAAUAAACCUAAUGUGCAAAUAGUCGAUGAUAAGCCAAUCGAGAGGUUACAUGUUGAUGAAGCUAAGGAAGAAUAUAAAAAAAUUAAAGAGAAUAUUCAACAAAUUAGAGGUUUUGGUCCUCCUUUGGCCGUUAAAGACGAUAUAAAGGAAAAAUCGGAACAUAAAGAGGAUGAAGAAAAGAGUGGAAAUCAAGACGUUGGCAAUAUUCCAAAACCGAGGAAAGUAUUCUUCGAUCCUCAAUCUCCAAUAUACAAGAAGGGAGAUCCAAAUCAGGAAGGAGAGGGAGGGAAGGCUGUCAAAAUUGAUAAAGAGAAAUUGACUCCUGAAGAAAAGAAGAAAUAUGACGUUGGAUUUGUCAAUAAUGCUUUUAACCAAUAUGCUUCUGAUUUGAUCUCAGUUCAUCGUUCGCUUCCAGCUACGGCUGAUGAAGAUUGUAAAACAGAAAAAUAUCCGGAAGAUCUGCCUGAUUCUUCUGUUGUAAUUUGUUUUCAUAAUGAGGCUUGGUCUGUUUUGUUGAGAACAGUACACAGCGUUAUUGAACGAACUCCAGACAAAUUGUUAAAGGAUGUUGUGCUGGUAGAUGAUUUUUCUGAUAUGGAACAUUUGAAAAAACCUUUGGAGGAAUAUAUGGCGCAAUUUCCAAAAAGGGAAGGUUUGAUUAGAGCCCGUCUUCGUGGUGCUACUAAAGCAAAUGGAAAGGUUAUAACCUAUUUGGACAGCCAUUGCGAGUGUAUGGAAGGUUUGGGAAUUUUUUGA